UCGUUUUUUCGAGGUAACGGACUUUUCCCACCCACCCCCCGCAAAAAAAACGUCACAAACGUUUAAAGCCCAGCCAGGGCAUUGAAAACAGAUUAAAACAUGUUCACCGACACCGCGUGACUGUGCGUCUCCUUGGAAACCGGCCGAUCACAACCUGGAAAACCAGCAGCUGGCAGCGGGAACAGGGCAGGAAGGUGCUUGGAUUUGCAAAUGGUGCUGAACAUUAUGCAAUCAUUAGUAAGCAUCCCCAUUCUGACCUUAUGAUAGAGGGAUAAUCAUUGGUGAAGCAGCUGUAGAUUGUUGGACCUCAGAAACUACCCUGAGGAACUCCUGCACAAAUAUCCUCGAGGUGAGAUGAAUGACCUCCAAACUUCCUUUAUGGUAUUGAAUUCAAGAAAUGAUGCACAAUCUCUAGAUAAUGAAGGAUGCCAUUAUUCAAGAUUCCCAUAGUGCACAGGUUUGGGAUCAUUUCCCAUGCUGAUCAUCUACUAAUUGAAAAAUCCAUUGUUGAAGAUAUACAGAAACGUUCUAAUUCAAAGAAUGCCACAAAAAGAAACCCUUUUGAAGUAACAGAACAGUUCAUUCAGCAGUUUAAUCAUGCAAAAGAACAAAAGGAAAAGGAACAAGUGAUUGAUAUGGCUCGAAAGAUGCUUACCAGAAACAAGCGGAAAGCUGGAUUAAAUACGAUGGGUUCAGGGAACCAUGUUAACCUACCAUUAGCUUGGACAGAACUAGCUUUCCUGGUUCAGUGUAAGGAGAAAAUACAAGAAGAGGCUCUGGAUAUUCUCUUGAUUUCUUUGGACCAAGCACCAAUGCACCCAGACCAAAUUCCUGUAUUAUUCUUUCUUGCGGAGUCUGUCUUGUACUGGAUCUGUACUGAUGCAGUAAAGCAGUCAUAUCUCUAUGCUUGUGAAGUGAAGAUAAUAAAGCUUGGAUUUUUAACAAUUUUAAGAUUGUUUAUCUUCCACCUGACUGGACUUGUUCAAGCUUUUAAGGAAUGUAAAUUUCGCCUUCAUACUUAUUUAGAAGGUCUACCAGAACGUGAAGCCUGUUAUCAAUCAUUCCCAAAUAUUUUGCUGGGUAUUCGUUUCAUUAUUACAACAGGAGAAAUCAUUUGUGGCUCUGUGAAAUCGAAUGAAAAAUAUUGUCAAAGGAAUGGUGAUUUGGUUGAAGACACAAACAAAAAUGUCUGUAGCCAGUCAAGAACAGCUUGUCAGUGUCCUCGGCAAGUGGCUGACCCCCAGCAGAAAGUAUGUAACAUCAGCCCAGUGCUAAGGCAAUGCCUCCUGGUUUGGAUUUAUGUGAGACAUAAAAUUCAACUCUUGGAUGAUAUUCUGAAACAUCUUCUCCUAAGGGAGCAACUGUGCAAUACAGAUUGGAUUGAUUCUGCCCUUGGUUUACUGCUGUUGGGUGAAGCUGCCAAAAUGAACAUGGCUUGUUUGAAGGUUUUGACAGAGCUGGGUACAGCUCUUGUAUCACAUAGUAGUUCUCAUAAUUUAAAACAGCUAAUCCAACUCUAUUGCUGUAUACUUGGAGACAUUUGCCUCAAUGGUAACACCUCAGAAAUUCAAAAGACUGCUCUAAAUGGAUAUGGAAAUUCAUCAAAGUCACCCAAGAGGACAAAUGCACCAGGAUUGCUCCAACUUCUUCAGAUCCAGCCAGGAACAGCACCAGGAGAUGAUCCGGAUUGUAGCUGGUGGGUUCGCUAUGGAGCAGCAUACAGUUUGGCAAAGUUCUGCCACAUUCUUUAUGGUGACAAGAAUCAAGAGGGGUUAAGGAAUGCUGCAUGGAAUGCUCUCCAAAAACACCAAAACAUGGAGCAGGAUACUCGAGUCUUGGCAGCUGUUAAAGUAGCUGAGGCAGAGUUAAAUGGCCCCAUAAAUCCUUUCAUCAGUGGAAGUUCUAAAACAUCACCAUCUCUCAGGAGCUCAGUAGCAGUUCACUUUCUGGGUUGGCGAAUAGCUAGUGUUCUGUCUCAGCUUUGCCUGCCUCCUGUGAUUCCUUGUAUCUUUUUACCUCGGAUGUUGCCGCAACGACCCAUUAAUUCCAGGUCUCCCCUUCAGAAACAAGUGAACGUAGAAAAUAAGAUGACACGUCUUUCGCUCAGGCAGGAAAUAACAUUAGCACAAGCAGAUCAUGAGGCACUGCCUGAUUUCAACACUCGAGCAAAUUUCAAUCUGCGGAGAAUAGUAGAAGAUCAGUGGAGAAAAGAGUUGCAAGCAGAAAUGGAAAAGAAAGAUAAAGAAAGGGAGCUGCAACUCCACGAGAAACAGAAAAUAGAAGCCGAAGAUUUUAGUGAGAUGAUGAAGAGGAAAGAGGAAAAGCUUCACAAAAAGUCAACCCUAUGUGAGAUUCCAUCUUAAUGGAAAAUUUCAAGGAUAACCAAGUGCAUCCAAACUAUUUAUGUCUACAACAGAGAAGCAACAUCCCAUGGCAGGGGAGAAGUGCCUUGUAUUGAAAUACUGUUCUUAAUUUCCUCUGGGGCAUUGUCAGAAUUUGUUAAAAGAAGACAUUAGAAAUGCAUUUUUUAUUCUUUUAAAAGCUAUUAUUAUGGCCUAAUAAAAGACAUAUUGCUUUGCAGUAAACUAAGGUCUUAUAAAAAAUAUUCUUGAGUGUUUCUAUGUCUGUUCCAGGCAGCUGUACUACUGCUAAAAGAUAAAUCAUCAAGUUAUCAUUAUUCCAUUUGCUAUUAUUUUAUAUCGGUGGCUUAUUUAUUUUCACACAAGCCGUGAGUUUGCUGUUCUAAACACUUACCUUGCAAAUUAAUGUCAUAAUAUGCCA